AAAUAAUUAUAAAGGAAAACCGGUGUGAAAUAAAAUGGACGCUGAAAAUACAAAUGUUAAACAAGAGAUGGAAAAACUACAAUUACAAAUUAAAGAACUUAAAGAAGCGAUAAACAUGAAAUCAGCACCUAAAGUAGCAGGAAAUCCACCGUUCAUACUAGACAAAGAUACACCGUUUAAUGUAUGGAAAACGGUGGUGAAUAAUGAAUUUAAAUCAUUUGGAUAUGAGUAUCUCUUAGACAAUGAGAUACCAAAACCUCCAUUGUCUGAGGAUGAGAAUGCCAAAAGGGCAGGAUUUGCCAUAUCAUACCUGUUGAGCAGAUUAGAUGAUAAUUAUAGGAAAGUAGUGUGUCAAUUGAAAACUCCUGUUGAAAUACUAAAUAAAAUAGAAAACAUAAACAAAUCCAACAAUGUCCUCGUCAAAAUUCGCUACAAAAAGAACAUGGAACUCUGCUAACUUUGACAAGAACCAUGAAAAUGCUGUUGAUUUUAUUAUACGAUUUGACGAUCUCAAAACAAAAGUAGAAGCAUUCGGGGAGCCUCUUGCUGAGAGAGAAGUUGUUGAAAACUUUCUCAUGGCCAUAGAUAAUAGCUACCCCGAACUUAUCAGAAAAUAUGAUGCAUCUGGUGAAAAAUUGUCUCUGGAAGAGUUAAAAUCUCUCCUAAUAAAUGAAGAAGGAAGAGAAAAAGAAACCCAAGAAAGAGCUAAUGAAGGUCAAGCUCUGAAUACAGAUGUCAAGAAAAAGAAAGUAGAGUCAAGUUCAAGAAACAAAAAUAUAGUUUGCUACAAGUGUGGCAAACCAAAUCAUUUUAGCAAAGAGUGUAAAAACUCUAAACAGGUUUGCUAUAACUGUCGAGAAUUGACAGAUGAUCAUGAUGCAGCUACGUGUCCGAAACCAGCAUACCGAGGUAGAAAUAAAGUAGGCUACCGAGGAGGUAGAGGAAGAGCUGCAUACAUGAGAGGACAAAGAGGUGCAUUCAGAGGAGUUAACAAAAUAAGAGGCAGAGGAAACUUCAAACCAAGAGUUCGUGGAGGAGCUCGAGGUUAUUUUAAAGAAAAAAGUGAUACAAUGUAUCAGAAAAUGAAAAUGACUGAUCCUCAAGGAAAAGAAAUAAGCGUCUUCAUGGCAGUAGAUGCAGAUGAAACAACGCAUGGGGAAGCUAACUAUGUACACGAAGAGGACACUCAGAAUUUAGGUGAGUCUUACAUAAAAUUUAUAGCAGACACUGGGGCUACAGAACAUAUGGUAAAUCAGUUAGACAUACUGUCAAAUGUUUGUAAAAUAAGUAAUGGUGGAAUUAUAAAAAGUGCUAAUAGUAAAGCAGAUUUGAAAGUAGAAUAUAAGGGGACCAUUAUAGCUAAAGGGAAUAAUGGUAAAAUAAUUAAACUUAAUAAUGUUUUGUAUUCCAAAAAUUUAUCUAAGAAUUUGUUUUCAAUUAGGAAGCUUAUUGAUAAAGGUGUUUUGAUAAACAUAAAUAAAAAUGAAAUUAAAUUGAAAAAUGAAAAUACAGGAAAUGUCAUAAAAACAGGUAAUUAUGAUGGUAAAUUUUGGUGGUUAAAGUUUGAACUUGUAAAUCCAAAAAUUAUUAAUGUAGGCAAAAAUAGAAUAGAAAGUUUCUAUCAAAACGUAGAAAAUGUAAAGGCUAUUGAGAACGAAGGGAGUGAUAAAAGUAUCGAAAGUCCUAAAAUAAAUAAAGACAAGGAAAAUUUGAUUGAAAAUGAAAUAGAAUAUGAAGAAAUAGAAUCUGAUAAUGAAGUUGAAAAUGAAAUAACAUAUGAAGAAAUAAAUGAUGAAGAUACUUUACAAAAGUAUUUAGAGACUGUUAGUGAAAUGGAAUUAAAUGACAUUCAACAACUUAAUAAAAGAAAAGUAGAAAGUUUGAAAAAUGACAUUGGUCUGUUAUGGCACUACAGAUUAGGGCAUGUGUCUAAAAGCUAUCUAGAGAAGGCUGCCAAGCUAAUCCCAGAAUUAAAGAAUGUUAAAUUCACUAAAGCAAUAACUGACUGUGAAGUAUGUGCCAGAGCAAAAAUAACUAGACAACCUUGCAAUACCAAAAGGUAUCAGUACAAUGAACCUUUAAAACUCAUUCAUACAGAUGUGAUGGGACCCAUAUCCCCAUGCACAUAUAAAUAUGGAGCAAGGUAUAUAAUCACUUUCAUAGAUGAUUAUACCCGAUAUGCAUGGGCAUAUCCAAUGGCAGAUAAAAAGGGAGUGCAUAUUGCUCUUAGCAAAAUGAUGGAAAAUGGUAAAAUAUUGAAGGGCGAAAAUGCAAAAAUAACAUUCUUAAGGUUAGACAAUGGUACAGAAUACUGUACUGAAAACAUGAAGAAAUUGAUUGAGAAAGAAAGAAUUACUUUGGAACAUACUCCACCUUACACUCCAAAUCUUAAUGGCACUGCGGAAGGAUUUAAUCGAGAAUUACAAGAGAAAAUAAGGAGUGUAAUUCUGGAUUCUGGCUUUCCACAGCAGUUGUGGGCUUAUGCUCUACAGUUUAUACUAAGCAUAUACAACAAAACACCAAAGAGUAGAAUCGAUUUCAAAAUACCGUUUGAAAUGAUUACAGGAAAGAAAUGUACAAUAAGGUAUUUCAGAAGAUUUGGAAGUGUGGGAUUUGCCUUAGAUCCAAUGAUAAAGGGAAAAUUCUCAGAGAAAGGAAAAUGA